AUGUCAGUCUCAACUAUAGUUAACAUUCAAAAAAGUCUCGGUCGUUAUGGCUUAUCGACAUUAAUUGUGCUCGGUAAUGUGGGCAAUAUUCUAACAAUCCUUAUAUUUAUACGAACAUUAAAAAAACAAUCUAAUUCAUGUACAUGUUAUUUGUUAGCUGCUUCAAUCACUAAUUGGAUUUUAAUUAAUACCUCACUUAUCUCCACGGUCUAUGGUGUUGAUCAUGUUGAUCCACAACAUAGAUCGAUUGUCGUAUGUAAAUUACGCUGGUAUGGAGGACAAAUAUUAUUAAUGCUUUCACGAAGUUUUAUGAUAGUUGCAUGUGUUGAUCGAUGGGCUCUUACUUCUCCACGUGUUAUAAUUCGAUCAUUUUGUCGACCAAAAAUUGCUCGUAACAUUAUUUUCUGUCUUUUACUGAUUUGGUCAAUCAUACCAGUUCAUAUGGCUAUUUUUAUUAAUAAUUAUUCUGGUCAUUGUGGUGCACCAUCGUAUUAUGCUUUCGCAUUUGCUAUUUAUUUAUUUGUUUUUAUUGGCUUUCUUCCGCCAUUUUUGAUGAUUUUCUUUGGUGUACUUGCCUGGCAUAAUCUAAAGCGAAUCCGAUCUCAAGUUGCACCGAGGCAUAAUCCCAUUGGAAUUCGUUUGCAUAAAGUUGAUCGAGAUUUGAUGAGAAUGUUAACGGGUGAGGUAUUGGUUUAUAUAAUUACUACAGUUCUUUAUCCUGUUAAUGUGCUAUAUGGUUGUAUUACGACGCCCAUAACAGAACAAAAAAGUGAAAUGCGAUUAGCUAUUGAAGCACUUGUUGGAUACAUCAUUAGCCCAAUAUUGAAUUAUAUUUACUGUAUUGCUCAAUUCUAUGGUACGAUGUGUUUUUUUUUUGGUUCAGUAUAUGUUUUAUUAAUUAUGAUACUUUAUUUAUUUUAG